ACUUGAGCAUACGAUGAAUGUGAACUUGGUGUAUGUGGGAGGUGCUGCGUUUAGACUUCGCAGAGUUUGCGCCAAAUGGACAAACCAAACCCCGCAAACGUAAACCUUUAACUUUUACUUCUCUUUCUUUCUUGUUCUUCUUCUUCAACCCCCUCUUCUCUUUCUCACUUAUAAAUUAUAAUAUUAUUAUCAAUUGUUAUUAUACCUUCGUUCAAAGUUUCUGCGGCUUCCCCUAAACGCGGUCGUUUCAACCCCCGGCAUUGUUGUACUUGGUUGGUUGGAAUGAAUAGCGCGUUCAACGAGCAGAUACUCGCGGACAAGCUGUCCAAGCUUAACGGCACGCAGAAGUGCAUUGAAACUUUGUCACAUUGGUGCAUAUUUAAUUGGAGCAAAGCAGAACUGGUAGUGGAAACAUGGCAUAAACAGCUGCGCAAUUCAGAGAAGGUUCAGCGAGUCCCCCUUCUGUAUCUUGCAAAUGACAUCCUGCAGAACAGUAAACGGAAAGGAAAUGAAUUUGUGAUUGAGUUUUGGAAGGUUCUUCCCACAGCUCUUAAGGAAGUUGUUGAGAAAGGUGAUGAUCAAGAAAAGAAUGUAGUAUCUAGACUGGUUGAAAUAUGGGAGCAAAGGGCAGUGUUUGGAUCUGAAGUGAAGGAUCUUGUAAAUGUAGUACUUGGAAAAGAAGCACCUCCAUCAUUGGAAUUCAACAAAAAGCGAUCCCGUUCUGUUAGAAUUGUGAAAAAGGAUACUCGCUCCAUUAAAACAAGAUUGUCCAUUGGAGGUACAGCUGAAAAAAUAGUCUCAGCAUUUCAUACAGUCCUUAAUGAACAUUCCAAUGAAGAUGCAGUGAUGCGUAAGUGCAAGUCAGCUGUUCAUCAUGUGAGAAAGAUGGAAAAAGAUGUUGAUAUUGCAUGUGCUGUUGUAAAGGACCCUAAGCGAGAAACUUUGGCUAAGGAACUAGUGGAGGAGGAAAAUAUUUUAAAACAAUGCAUUGAAAAUCUGAAAUUAGUUGAAGCAAGUAGAGCUGCACUUGUAUCUCGGUUAAAAGAAGCUUUGCAUGAGCAGGAAUCUGAGCUGGAGAAUGUUCGAACUCAGAUUCAGGUAGCACAAGCACAAAUAGAAGAGGCUAGUUACAUGCGGAAGCGACUUGACAAUGAAGAUUCUUCAUAUAAAGAAUCAACGGCAACAACUUCAGUUACUGAAGCAAAUACAAAAUCAGAAGCGGCAGUGAAGAAAUCAGCUGCAGCAAUUGCAGCUGAGGUUGCCGAUAAGCUAACAGCUUCUUCAUCAUCUCAAUUAAUCAUGUCUUCUGUUCUGUCAACUUUUGCAGCGCAAGAGGCAAAAAAUGCCGGUCUAUCUUCUGAGCCCAUGCCAAAACCUGAGAUGUCAAUACCUAUGUCAGAUCCAAACGUUUUUAUGCCUGCACAACAGUUGAUUGCUACACCAAAUCAUUCAUAUCCUUCGGUUUUGGUACCUCAACCCACCAUGCAGAAUCCAGCAGCUGCAUCACAAAAUCAAUAUCACAUGCUUUGCAACUCAUCCUCCCAGCAAUUUUUGCAAUCAACUGCAGGGGUCAUUUCUCCAUAUGGUUAUGGUAGCAUCCCUCCAUUACCACCAGGACCACCCCCACCCCAUAUGGUGGGCCCAAUGGUGACUCCAACACAUCAGACACUGCAAAUAACGCAGCAACAGCCAGUACCUAUAACUCAGCAUCAACCAAUAACAAUGACGCAGCAAGCCCCAGCACCUCCUAGUUUCCGACCACUUCAACCUCCAGGAAUGGUGUACUAUGGUAAUCAUCAGCAUUCUGUAUGAAACCCUGCAGUAAUUAGAAUUUAAUCAACCUGACCUGUUGGAACCAUGCAAAAUCUGGAGAUUAUUUUUUUUUGUGCGCGAAAGGUAGGGUUGAGCUGCAAAUACGUGGAAGCCAAACUAUAGACUGGCUCCCUAACCUUUGGGUUGUACUGUAAAAGGAAAGUAGCACACCUCAAGAUUCUAAAUGCUUUAUAACAAAUUCGUUCGAGACUUUGUGAGCAGUGAGUUCUGAUGAGCAAGGUACUGAUUUCAUCUGAGAAAUACUUGACAGAAAAAUUUUGAUUAUAAUGUACUUGUAUUAGUUGUACAUAAUUGGCUAAUCAAAUAAUUAUUGGAUUGUAUUCUCGUGGACAAAGAUUGAUCAGGAAACCAACAAUGCGUCAGUAUUUUACUUAUGUGAAAGGAAAAUAUUUGGCAGAUACUUCUUUGGAUGUAUAUACCUAGAGAGAUAGGAACAGAAGAAAGAGUGUAGUGAUAGAUAUGAUGCUUGAGGUGAUAGAAAGAAAGAGAAAAAAUUUAAGUGUGUUAAACGAGUAGUACCUCUUUUUGAGAUAUGUAUAAUUGUUUAGGGUAGUGAACCCCAAACUGAGACGUUAAUGCUAUUUCAGAUCAAGGAAACUGAGAGUAACGUUAAUGCUAUCUUUUGAAGGAUUAAGUAUACCAAUAAUUAUUGAUUGAAAUUAUAAUUAAUUUUAAAUUUUAAUAAAUCUAUAC